AUGGCGGAGAACGCGAAAAUGGUGGACCUCCAACUCACCUUGAAGCCUUUCUAUCAGAGAGCCUCAGAAGCAGAGAAAUGUGGGAAUGUUGAAAAUACUGGAAACGAGGAAAACUUGAAAGUGAUCAAUGAUCUUCAGUCAAAGCUAAAAGCUGUAAAUGCAGAAUCUAUUUCAGAAAAAGAAAAGAUUCGAAUGCUUGAAGAAGAAAAUGCAAAACUUCAAUACCGGAUUGUUCAUCUUGUGAGAUCACUCAAGGAAACUAAUUUGAAGUUAGAGCAAGCGACAGUGGAUGACCAGCUCCAGAACAUGAAAUUGUAG